AGAGCAUGCCCUAGUUUUUUCCAUUCCUCAGGUAGUUAUGCUCUAGGUUAGCCAGAGGCUCAAAAACUGAGGUGACAGUGCAGUAGAAAGCCUAGGAAGAAUAGAAGGGACUCGUUACCCAGACCUGGCUUGUGCUGCCCUCCCAAGUCCAGGGGAUCUUGUGUUGGUGGCCUUUAGAGGAAGUUCAUGUCAACAAGGUGGGCACCUCAGUCUGCACCUCACCUUUCAUUCAUUCACUCUCAAUUAAUUAACCGGUAAAAAGUCUGUCCUCUUUUACCAUUAUCUGUUGUCCCUCCCUCUUCCCUCCCUCCCAGGGACUGAUACUUCCAUGCAAACAGGAAAAGAGGCAGAGAGAGCCCUGUGUGCAGUGUGAAUGAACUCUAGUAACCUCUUCUACUUUCUCCUUUCAGUUGUAGGACCAAGGACAUCUGGCAGUCCAAAGAGAGGGAGGGAGGAAACAGAAAGGCACAGCCCAUUUCAGGAUCCUAUGUGCCCUGAAAGCAGUCACAUGCAUACUCCCUUUUCCCCUUGCCCCUUGAAUUGCCAUGGCACCCUUUGAUCAGGCAGAAACCAAGAGGUGAAGGCAAAGGCAAAACCUCAGCCUUUGACUGACAAAGAAAGAGAGAGACAGGUGAGAGGGGAGGGAGAAUUUGCUGCUGGAUGAGGCAUGUGAACAGAAGAAGCAAUUUCUUUUUGCAAAACAAUUAUUAUUGGGGUGAGGGGUUCCUUUGCAGAGCUUGUAGGUUCUUGGGUGGGAUUGGAGUCAGCACAUUCCGUCUUCAUCUGAUAGGCGAUUUGGAAAGGACUGUUUCCAAAACAGAGGGAUAUCCACAGACUUUCUAGGAAAGGAACAAAUCCUAUGCUCUGAUGAUCAUAGACAAGGAAUGAGUCUGCUUUUUGAUGUGGAGCAAAGCAAAUAUCCUCUGGCUGUUUCUGCCCUGGAUUAUUACAUUCUGUUUCAUGUAGUACAGUUGUGCCUUAUGACCAUGACUUGCUUUCCUAACUAAUCUACAGCAGAGAGAAACUUCUUUUGCUUCAGUCCUUUAUUCCUUCUUGCCUGGGGUAGAAUGGAACUGACUUGGAAUUUCUGUUGCUGUCAUUGUUCAUUUAUAAUAGCGUAUUCUCCCUGUGUCAAGAGUAUCUUAGUCAUAUUGGCUUCAGAUUUAUAAAUGUCUGCAGACCUCUUUGCACCUUUUGUGUAGUAUAAGUCUGGUUUUGGAAGGAAAAUUACAGAGACUACUCUCCAGUCUCCCAGAGCUCACCAUAAGGAUGUUUUUCUGUGAUAGCCUGACUCUUCCCUGCUCAGUUUCUUUCUUUCUCUUAGUUGUACUGUCUUUCAGAAUAACACCUUCCCCCUCUUUGUACAUCAUUUUUAUGCCUUCCUGCUUCUCUUCCCUGUACUCUUUCAGCCAGGUCAUACACACUUGUUUAUUUUAGUCUGUUCAGUUAGUCACUUUUGCUGCUGUUCUCUGACCACUGCCAUGGCAUCCAUACCUGAGAGGGUAGGAGAUGUCAUACUGUAUUUUGAGGCCAAACUAGAGCCAAGGGUGGAGGCAGAGCCUAAAGGAAGUUUUCACAAUAAAAGUUUGGUGCUGCAGUGAGAACCCAGGCAAGAUCAGGGAGGCAGCAGUCCGCAGGAAGAGGCAAAAGGAUGGACAAAGGCCAUGCCAGAACUCCACAAAGUCACGAGUAAUAAGGCAGAUGGCCAGCAGCAGGAAUAAGGGCUAGAGUAGGAGGAGGGGAGCUCUGAAACUCACAGCUAGAGGCAGAGGUGGGAAUAAGAACCUCAGCUUGGAGGCAAGAGACCAAAACAUGGCCACCCAUCCCUGAGGAGCGGGCUGCAGAGCCAGAAGUGACUGGCAGGACUCUUCUGCAUAGCUGGUGGAGGUGGCAACAGCUUGUGAGGCUCACAGGCGACACUGUGUGCUUGGGCAGCUGGCUGUGGUCAGCUGAAGCUUAGUUUGAUAGCGGAGAAUGAAAGCAAUCAGGAGGCUGCAACUUUUUUUGUCAGCUCGAGACUGAUGGUGACUUGCAAACUCCUUCCACUUUGUGGGUGUCUGUAUGCUUCUGAGGGAUCAAAAUGGAUUAUGUGAUUCUAAACAGGAUCUCUGCACUUCUGUGUACAGAAGGAUUUAUGGCUGAGGCACAGACCUAGUCUCUGUUCUUUGGGAGUUACAGAACAGUUCUUUCCCUUCUUAGUAAACAUACAGUUCAAAAUUACUGUAUAUGCCAGCCUUAUGUACUGCCUUGCACACCUUGCAUUUUCAUGUUUUGUCCCUCCCAUUGACAAUCCGGAGUUGAUUAUUUUUCCUCACAAGUUUGAACUGUUUUCACAUGCAAUCUCACUUUAUUUUCUAAGUGACAUAUUUACCUAGGCUUAUUUUUCUGCCCUGAAAGAUGCAAGUGGCUUUUUUGACCUUAGCGUAAUUGAAACCUAUCAUUUACAUACUUUUACUCUCUAACACUAGCAUCUUCAGCAUUUCCUGAGAAAUGUGGUGAUGCAGAGAACAAGAAAAAGGAAUGAACCACCAUGAGCUGGGAAUAACCUUUUGUUUCUCCAAGACAGCUCUAAUGUAGAGCUGUUCUUUGUGGAAGUGUGUGAAAAUACUCUAAUUGCUAUGCUGCAGAAGGUGUAGGGAGGAGCACUGAGUUGUAAAAUACCAGUCAGUCCUUAUGAAAGAAUUGGAACGGUGGUGUAUCCUGAGGGUGCUUUAUUCUUUGCUAGUGCCAUAGGGUCCUGUGAAAUGUCAGUCCUUCAACCCCUUUUUUUCCUCAGCCAUUUAGAUCUGCGGCCAGCUUUUGUUACCUGAAGCAGCAUCACUUGCAUGCACGUUGUUCAUUUAGAUUUCAGUGGAGACACUUACGCGCUGUUUUGACCCCAGCUUUCAGAGGUAGGUUCAGAUUGGAUGCUGGUGUGUGUAUUGCAUGUCAGAACAAAUUUAGAUGCCAAAAUGCAAAAUUAUUUCUCUGCUUUAAGUAUCUCUAAAAGACAGCCCUUCCUGUCAGAUGCAUUUGUUCAUUGACAGUGAGUUUGUUAGGCCCAUACUCAAAGGCACAGUGCUGUUGACACAGAUAUUGACACAUGAGCACAGUCACGUUAACACAUGUGCACACAUGCAAGGUCUCUUCUGAUGCAGACAGGCUGCAAAGUGCUUCAGCUGGGGUUGGAAUAGGACUCUGAAUGAGGAUACAGGAUGAGACAAGGCCAUUGCUGGAGAAGAUAGCGAAGGUUUCUGGGCAGUUAGCAUGAGCUGCAAGAGCCAGGGCUGCCACCUCUAGUCUCUGUUACAGUAUUUUCUGUUGUAAGAGUGCUAAUCUUGAGAUCAUUGGUCACUGGGUUGUUCAGUUCUUUCAGAAAAGGAAGAGAGAGGGAAGAAAAGGAGUGGGGAGAAGCUGAUGGCAACAAUUUUCAGAAGUGCCCAGUGUCUCAUUUGAGAUGUAAGUGACAAAGGCUGACAGAGAAUUGCUUCCCUCAGCCUUUCAUCUAUAUUUGCUUCCUCAUUACAGUCUGUCUACUCACCAGGUUCCUCUGUUCUAGAUGCUACAUUUGAGAGAAAAGAUUGCCCCAUCUUUUGUCAUUUGGCCAGCUCUGGUUUCUAAAACUUACAGUGAGAGUUGAGACAGGCAGUGGAGGUAGCACAGCAGCUUAUAGCGAGAAGACAGCGUUCCCUCUUGCAGGUACAGCUUGCAUCAUCCUUCUCCAUCUUCAGUUGAAAAGGUGGUGCAAAUAUGGACAGGUAAACCUCUAAUAACAUGAUUGUUAAUACAAACCCCAAGAUUUUUGUCCUUUUGAAAACAUCUCUCCUAAAUUUCUGUGCGGACUGACCCCUGGUCUACUCAUACAGCCUCUCAUCUGUGUGCCUCUAGGGAAAAUGCUAGUUCGAUUUUUCUCACCUAGCACUAAACUACUGCUGUUUGUCCACAACUGGAUCUGCAAAACUAAAAAGUGCUGUGUCUUAGGAAAGGUCUUGAGUCUUCUCUGCUCUGAGCUGGCCCAUUCUGUUUUGGUAUGGUUAGAUGCUGGUGCAUGAAGUAGGAACAUGUGGGUUGGUUUCACAGCACGAGGAUAGUAGCUGAUACGCCUUACCCGUUGCUGUGUCCUGGGUGUGCACACAUAUUUAUACUCCCUUCUCUAUUGGUAACUGCAAUACUAGGCUAGUCAGACAUAGCCAGGAUGUCUGUAGUCUCUUCCUUAGAAACUCCCCUUUGGCCUCCAGAUGUCCUUCUGACAGCAAGUUUCACUCUUGCCAUGUCAGCUGUGGUUGUGUGUGGAUGACAGUUUUGAAAUCCCAUCAGCCUGUACCCUCCUCCUCUUUACUUUCCGGAAUACAUCGCAGCUCGUGGCCAGGCUGAGGUGGGACUGGUUCACUGACUGACUUGGAGGCAGCAGGGCCUGAGCACCAUCGUUCAGUCCCUCAGCUGGAGGUUCAAACUUGUGCUUUGAAAAAGCACUACAGUACUGCUGAUAGCAUUUCAUUCUUCAUAGUAAUUAAUGUCUGAAUGAAUCUUUUGCGUGGUUUAAAGGAAUGUGGAGAUGCACUUGGUCAGUAUGUGCGUUUCAUGCUCGGACAUGCCCAGAGACACCUGAUAACUGCAUCAGUGAGGAGCCUGCAUGGGAUUAAGAAAAAACAGCAGGUUUGAGUUUGUUUCAUUCAAGUUCCUAUCUCCAGCUGUCACUCUGUACCUCUCUGAGGUCUUCAGUUGCUGCAGGAUUUACCAUGAAGAUUUUUUUUUUUUUAAGUCAGUUAUGCUAUCCACGCUGUUCCUUUGAGACCUGAGAAUCUCUUUGAAUUUGUUGCAAUUCAGAUGUGUUAGGUUGCAGUCUUCCACAUUAGGAUUUCUUACUUGCUGCCAGUCUGAUUUGUCACAUUUGUUGCCAUUGCGUUUAUCCUGGACAGUCUGUUCUUCAGUGAUUCAGUGGCUGUGUGCAUCUAAGGGAAGGGAGCGCUGAAUUCCUGAAACUGUCCAUGUUGCAGUCUGAGGCUGUGUUUACAAAGGUCGUGUGAAUUAAUACGCCCUGCAAUUUUAACACCUGCGUCUAUUACCUGCCACAGUAUAAUGGGAUAUGGCAGGAGCCCAACAGGCUUGACAGUAUGACUAUAUACUUGAUGACUGUUGCUUUUGGAGUCCUGUGAGGGGGCGGUUUGUAGAAGUAUUGCUUUCUUCUUUGCCUUUGGCAUUUUCAGAAAAGUUGCACUGUCUAGUCCAAGUACCCAGAAGGGAAGAAGAGGCUUGGGGCUGUGGUCCUCUGCCUCCUCCCAGUAAGCACUGUGGAGUGUCAUGCACGCCUCUGGGCACCUGAUGCUUUAAUAGCUGGGCUGCUGCACAGCCUUUUGUCCCCUUCUCUUUUUCAGAGAGUGGCAGGCUUCCAGUCCUGAGCUCAAUCAGUCAAGUUAAACUGGUACAGGCCUUUAACGUAGAUGCUUUUUAAAUCAGUUAAUCCCUUUAGUUUGCAUUGGUAAAUCACUGAAUUAAGAUCAACUGAUUUAAAUACAUGUCCAAUCAGAUUAGGUGUGUUUACGUUAGCAGUUUGCAUCAGUUUAACUACAGUCCAUACAGUCAAACCAGAAAGCAUUUUUUUUGUGCAGGUCGGACCUUUUGGAAAAAGGCGACUGGAUUCACUUUCCAGAUUCAGGUUCUGUAGUGGAAUUAGAGUGCUGCAUAAUAGAGAUGCAUUUUAGUGCGAGUUUCUGCUUCCAGAAAAGGAGAUCCUCACAUAAUUGGUUGCAAAUCUAUUUUCUGAAGGUGGCGUAACGGUCAUUGCCUGUAGGUAUGAUGUUGGCUUUAAUUUCUUGAUGUACAUCAAGGGAGGAUUUGUCUUCCUCAUCUCUGAUACAUCAUUGCUCUUUGUCACAGCUUCGGCAGCUGCCAGUAAUGGGGGAAUGUCAUGUUUUCAUUGCAUCAAAAUUGUCCUUUAGGAUGGUCUGUGGGCUCUGCAGUACAUGCUGCAAGACCUAUCACAACUGGCAGCAAUGAGCAGUUUGUUACCGGAAGCUUCAACAAAGGCUGCCGUUUGUAAAGUCUGGAAUUUCCCUCUUGCACGCUUGGAAAGGUAUUUCCUUUCUGACUUUCAGUAGCAGAGAGAAGCUAAAGACCUUGAAGACGCCUGCAGCCCCUUGCUCAUCAGCAACAAUGCUGCAGCGAUGAGGUUCUAGUGAGCCCUUCCUGUGUGGCCUCCAUGGGUCCCACUCAACUCACCACACAGGAUCAUGGGAAGCGGGUGGCAAGUGUGUUUGAGAUGGAGGAGGAAGGGCUUUCACUCUUCCCUGGCUUAGACAACCCCCCUGAGCAUGCAGAAAAUCCCCCCCUGAAGCGGAAGAAGGGUCCAGCCCCUAAAAUGCUGGGAAAUGAAGUGUGCAGUGUGUGUGGAGACAAGGCCUCAGGCUUCCACUACAAUGUGCUGAGCUGUGAAGGCUGCAAGGGCUUCUUCCGCCGCAGUGUCAUCAAGGGUGCACAGUAUGUCUGCAAGAACGGCGGCAAGUGUGAAAUGGACAUGUACAUGCGCCGCAAGUGUCAGGAGUGCCGGCUGCGCAAGUGCCAGGAGGCAGGCAUGCGGGAGCAGUAUGUUCUGUCUGAAGAGCAGAUCCGUCUGAAGAAACUGAAAAAGCAGGAAGAUGAUCAGGCUCGGACAGUUGUCUUGCGUCCAAACCCUCCACAUCCGCCAAGCCCUUCCCACAAACUGACUCCUGAACAGUUGAGCAUGAUAGAGAAGCUUGUGGCCGCUCAGCAGCAGUGCAACCAGCGCUCAUUCACAGACAGGCUCAAAGUGACGCCAUGGCCCCAGGUUCCUGACCCUAAUAACCGUGAAGCAAGGCAGCAGCGUUUUGCUCACUUUACAGAACUUGCAAUUAUCUCUGUGCAAGAGAUUGUGGACUUUGCCAAGCAACUGCCCGGCUUUCUGGAGCUCACCAGGGAAGAUCAGAUUGCUUUAUUGAAGACAUCUACCAUAGAGGUGAUGUUAUUGGAGACAUCUCGACGCUACAAUCCAGAGAUUGAGAGCAUCACAUUUCUUAAGGAUCUGAGCUAUAAUCGGGAUGACUUCGCCAAAGCAGGUCUGCAAUUUGAGUUCAUUAACCCCAUCUUUGAGUUCUCAAAGGGAAUGAAUGAGCUACAGCUCAAUGAUGCUGAGUAUGCACUUUUAAUCGCCAUCAACAUUUUCUCUGCAGACCGACCGAAUGUGCAGGACCAGUCCCUGGUGGAGAGGCUGCAGCACACCUAUGUGGAAGCCCUUCAUUCUUACAUUUGCAUCAACAGACCAAAUGACCACCUGAUGUUUCCACGGAUGUUAAUGAAGUUGGUCAGUCUUCGGACACUAAGUAGCGUCCACUCUGAACAGGUGUUUGCCCUUCGGCUGCAGGACAAGAAACUCCCUCCCCUUCUCUCAGAAAUCUGGGAUGUGCAUGAGUGACCGCAUGCUCCCAGGGCACUGAUGUGUCAGCAUAACGCCAUCUCCCAGCCUUUGCUAACGAGAAGCCAGCCUCCCUUCCCCAAGGCACUGAAAUCUGGGCUAGGCAGUGCAGGGAGUGAUGGGCCUGGGGUUUCAAUGAUAUCAUAAGACUAUGUAGGAGGCAGCUGGAGGAUCAGAUGGGGGGUUGGUUUUGAUGUAGUGCCCACACCCCAAGUGGAUAACAUGAAACAUCUGAAAACAGUAGAAAUGAAGACCCUCCCCAUAUACACAUACACCUCUCUCUUCAGAGUCUCUUUCUCUUUUCUAAGCAUGUCCUGGGGAUUUGCCCACUGAUCCUUUCCUCUCUUGUUGAUUAUGAAAGUGAAUUUGCAGGAACUUGCCAAAACCUCUCUAUUGAGAGUAACCCAGCUCAAAAGGCUUCUGCAGGGUCCCCAGUGUACCUGGAUUUGAGGAGCUCAGGGAAGUCAAUGUGGAUGUUCUAGGGGUUUCACUGGGUUUCCUAUAAGUAACAUAUCUUUUAUGUGCUGCCCUCUGCAAAGAUUUCCAGAGGAGUAGCUGUUGUUAUUUCUUUAUUGUGAGACUUCAUCUCUAGAGUUGCCCUUCCAUUCUGGCCCUCCUUUGGAAAGAGGACUCCUGGAAUGUGUAGUGUCCUUUAUCUAACAUGGAGGUCCUCUGGGUAGGGAACAUUUGUACAUCAGAAAGAUGUCAGGCAUAAAGUAGUGGAUUUUUAUAUAAUGCAUCACCGCUUUAUCUUAUGCUGAUUUUCAGCCAGUUCACUUUACUUCUGAUUUGCUAAGAGCUGGAAAACUGCACUUCAAAAAAUCAGAAUAUAGAUUUUACAUUUGGGGGUGGAAGAGAAGAUAGGAAGCUGUGAAAGACUGGUACCUAGGCAAGGUAGGUGUGGUGGAAGGAUCUCAAAAACUUCCAAGAAUUUGGAGCAUGUGGCAUGUGUUCCAAGGAGAGCGUGAAGAUGUAUUGGCCAAGGAGAGAGGACAUGCUGCAUCUAGUGAAGUAUGGGCAUUGCCUAAGCUAUGGGCUAUACAACUCUCAGAUCAUGGGCUGCAGGAAUGUUGAGUGUAACCAGAUCUGUUUGCGUCUUCUUACUUAUGCCAAAGUCUUUCCAAGGUACUUAGUGAUUGGGAUGUGGAGGUCCUUGCUGUAUGAAGAGUGCCGACUGCUCUAGGACACUUGGGUCCUGUAUCCUUUCUUCUCCACUUGGGGCACAGUGAGAAUCCACGCUGGUUUUAUGCCCUAAGUCCUUAAGUAUUCACAUCCAUAAGUAUUGUAGGGUUUACAGCAAUAUUUUGUCUGACAGAAGAGAAAUACAGUUGCAAAAAUAUGUUCCUUAUUUUCCAAGAAACAACAUCUUGUGGCUGAUCUCAGAGAUGUAACCUUAAGUAUCCUGGUAGCUUGGUCUCAUGAGUCUUCUGUCUCAUAGAGGUCUACUAUGUUUGCUUGCCCGGUGAGCAUCCCAAGAGCCUAGGUUCACAUGGCUCUUUUUUUUUUUUUUUUUUUUUUUUUGGCUGUGUAUCUGAGCGCUAUGCCCGUGGUGAGGGUAUUGUGUCCAUUUUGCACUUGAGGUUGGUCCCCUGCCACUGGCCUUCACUCUGCACCUUUGUAAAGCACUUGUAACAAUCUGUAAAAUAAUCUGUUGUUUUUUAUAACUCAUUGCAAUUGCAAAAUUUCUUGUUUAAAUCUGUAUUUUUAACUAAUCUGUUUGAGAAAUGUUAAUGUUUAUAUAAAAGAAUAAAGCCUAAUACAGGAUUCUGA